AUGGCAUCUUCCCACUACGCCCGCCGCGAGCGGGAGCACGACACACUCCGCCCCGUCAUUGUUGACGAGAGGCCGAGCCGCCACGUCCACUUUGACGCAGCACCCGCCGCCUACCAACCCUCCAGCUCCCGCCGACACCACGUGGUGGAACCAACCUACGUUGCCCCCUCGUCUGACGAUGAGCGUCGCCGUCGCCGCUCACGCCGCGAAACACGCUACCACGAUAAUGAAGAAUACCAGCGCCAGGCUGACCGCGAACGCGCCGCCGAGCUCGAGCGCAUCAUGGCUGCGCGAGAGAGCCGCCGCCAGCCCCAGCAGGAGGCUGACCCCGAGCUUGACCGUAACAUCCGUAAGGCCGAGCGCAUCGCCCGUCUUAAUGAGCGAAUCGAUGCCCGCCCUGCCGUGCCAAUCCCUACGCUGAGGCGCACAGCAACCGACUUUGCCGGCGAGGAACGUGAGCGUGAGCUGCGAGAGGCCGUUCGCGGUCUCGACCUCGGCGACAGACCCCUACGACGUUCUCAAACAAACACUGCUUUGCCCCGCCGCGAAGCGGCGGAGGGAGCAGCAGGUCAUCGAGGAGGAAGAGGAGGCGCAACGCAGGCGCCUGGCCGAGAGGAUGAUGCCGCGCCGACGAGCCACAGGUGGGUCCCGGCAGCAGGCGGCACCGAGUCCUGUACGAUGAUGGCGUGUACCGUUGGGAGUAAGAAUGGUGUCGCAAGCGGCUGUAUUUUUUUUCGUGCAACAUACCAUAGACAUUUCCUUUGUCAAGCGUUGCAUUUGGGCCAGGAUGAUAGCACUGGCGGCAGGGUUAUUGGGAACGCCCGGUUUUGGCGAUAA